CCGGUUCAUUCCGCUGUGCGCAGAAGUUGCUAGUCACAGGAGCCACAAUGGCGUUUGUAGUGUCCUUCAGAUAGGGCUGUGGAUGAUAUUAAAUCCACUAGCAUCGCCCUAAAUAUAGGCCUGGUUGACUCCCAGAGCCAUUGAUAAUAAACUGGAACAUCUACUGCACACGAAAAUACUAUGAUUUCUUAUCAAUAUUGAAUUUAUAGGGGAUAAAACUAACAUUAAAGGGAAUAUGUAAACAGUACCAACCGGGUCAAGUUUUCAUUUUGUUCGAGAAACGAGCGUCUUUAAAUUAAGGCAUUUGCUUGUUUCUAAAUGCUUAGACGGUAAUUUGGUGGAAUAAAAACACCUUUACUUUACUUGGCACCGGACAAGGAUACCUUUUCACAAAGGGGACUUUUUUUUUCCUUUCUUUUUCACGAAUCAGCUCGCUAGCCCGCCAAGCAUUAGCUAGAAGUGCUAGCUAAACUGAGACGCUGACGACACCACAAUGCUCCGAUGUUUUGUUUGGAUCUUUUUUUUUAAUUCACUGACUAUUUCGAAGUAACAUACCUAACAGCGCCGGGAAACCACUUUGGCAUUUUUUUCCUUCUUUGAUGAGAUAAGAUUUGGCGAUCUCAGUUGGAAUGAAUUGGCACUGAGGAGGACUGGACGUGAGCGGCCUAGUUGGUUCAUUUUGUGUGUUUUCUUGCCCUGUUUCUGCUUGGUAACUAUUUUUGAUUUUUUUUUUUUGGCACUUUUGAAAAGCUACUGUUUUCUUGUUAAUGAAUUUCCUGGACCACCGAGGCCCAGUCGCAGCAGAGGCACCGACGCUGGCGUGAAGGGAUGCCUGGGUCGGACCGACACCAUGGGACCAAGAGGAAGCCAGAAUCUAGCAACAGCAGUGUGCCUCACCAGACUCAUACCUCUGUGGGAGAAAAGACGAGCAAAGACGGCAAGGUGCAGUUAAAAUCUCCAAUGUCCUCUUCCUCCACUAAACGUAAGCGGCAUAAAUCAAAUAAACAUAAUAAGGAAUCCUUGGCGACAUCAGGACGAGAAUAUUUUACCAUCGGCGACACGGCGCCACCUGGUGUCAACACCGUGAAGCCUCUGGUGGAGUACGACGACAUCAGUUCCGACUCGGACACUUUCUCGGACCCGCCGUCCUCCAGGCCUCCCGAGAGAGGGGGUGGGUAUCGACUGGAGCCCUCACCCGACUAUGGCAAGGACGAUAUCGGCAAAGAAGCCGAUGUUAGAGAGAACAGGGCGCACAGACAGUCCCGGAAAAAGCCCAAGGACCCAAACAAAGUUAGAGACCCUGGCAAUGGAGAAGGUGGCUGCAAGAAGAAGAGCAGCAAAGACCGCGAGAAAGGGAGUUCUGGAAAGAGCAAGGAGAAGGCUGGCUCGUCGGUUCCCCCGUCCAAACGCCAGGUGCAGCCAGACGGUGAAGCUAAACGUGCGGAGCUGAUGCUCUCCUCCCAGCUUCAGCCUGGAGCCAGUGUCGGGAGCACCACUUCCUCCACGUCUUCAUCUCGCAGCAAGGAGAGCAGCCGCUCAGGGAAGUCUCGCAAAGACAAACAGCAGCGCAGAGAAGGUCGAGGGGAGGGCAACCGAAGCUCCUCUCAGAAGAGCCGCGCCGACGGGAGCCACCGCAAGUCCUCAAAGAGCCACAAGUCGAGCCCCAAAGGCAAGUCCUCGAGUAGGGGUAGCCCUCGCAGGAAGGGCACCAGCUCUGCUCUGUCGCCCAGUCCCAGAAGAGGGGCUGGCAGCGAGAGUCCACAGGCCAGUGGGUAUGGGCAGCAGGGGGAUGACAGCUACUCCAGGCGGAGGGCGGCCCAGAGUCCCAGUCCCUACAGGGAGACGUCUCGCCGCAGCAGACAAAGAUCAGACAGCCCCUAUGGCAGCAGACACAGGUCCUCCAGCUAUGAGAGGGACAGCAGCCCUUACUCAAGGAGGCGCUCCAUCAGCCCCUAUGGUACGCGCAGGUCCUCCAGCACCAGCCCCAUGUCAAGACGCUCAGGCCGCUCCAGAAGUCGCUCGCCUCUGCACUACUCCUCUUCUCGUCGCUCCUCCUCUCGUUCCAGAGGCAAGCGGCACACUUCCUCUGUUGGAGUGGGGGGCAGCUCCCAUAGCAGUCGGCCAACAAGCCGCUCCCCUCCCUCUUCUCGCCUGCCACUAAACUCUAGUCUAGGAGCAGAGCUGACCCGAAGAAAGAAGGAACGCCAGGCUGCUGAGGCUGCAGCUCGUGCCAGUGGUGGUGCUUCGCCUCUUCCCCCGGCCCGUAAACCUGCAGGCUCUUCCUUGUCACGGCCCACCAAAGCCGAGACUCCACAACCAGAAAAGGAGGCGGCGUCAGUAAAUGAACACCCUCUGCCGCCUCCUGCACCAUUACUCCAGGUGGAUCCUAGUGGUGAAGAUCAGACUACUGCCCUUCUACCUUCCUCUGCCACCUCCUCUCCUGCACCCCCACCUCCUCAGCCCUCUCCCCCUGUUCCAGCUGCACAGGUUCCACCCAUACCACCUCAGGCAGAAACAAGUAUUCAGCCUCCUACACCCUCAACCACAUCACAGGCCAAAUCUCCAGCUCCACUCCCUACACGCAGCCCCAUCCGCCCGACAGCGCUCCACAAGACGUCGACUCUGCCUCCCCUGCCUUUACCACCUGCACUGCUGGGAAACACUCAGGGCAGUCCAAAGAAGUCCACCCCAACUCAGAAGCUACCUAGGAAGGAGAAGGAGGCUCGCAGUCGGCCAUCAAUCACUGAUCUUCCUUUACCCCCCACUCUGCUUGGAGGAGAUGCCUCCCCUCCACAGUCCCCCAUCCGCCAGGCUCCACUGCUACCCCAGACAGCCCUAAAGAAGCGACCAAAGAUUUGCUGCCCACGAUAUGGUGAGCGCAAACACACCCAGAGCGACUGGGGCAAGCGCUGUGUCGAUAAAUUUGACAUUAUUGGCAUCAUAGGGGAAGGAACCUACGGCCAAGUGUACAAGGCCAAGGACAAAGACACUGGUGAGCUUGUGGCUCUGAAGAAAGUGCGUUUGGACAAUGAAAAGGAGGGUUUUCCUAUCACAGCUAUUCGCGAGAUCAAGAUCUUGCGGCAGCUCAAACACCGCAGUGUUGUUAACAUGAAGGAGAUUGUCACUGACAAGCAGGAUGCCCUCGACUUUAAAAAGGACAAAGGUGCCUUUUACCUGGUGUUUGAGUACAUGGACCACGACUUGAUGGGCCUGCUGGAGUCCGGUCUGGUCCAGUUCUCCCAAGAGCACAUCCGCAGCUUUAUGCGCCAGCUGAUGGAGGGCCUGGACUACUGCCACAAGAACAACUUCCUUCACAGAGACAUUAAAUGCUCCAACAUACUGCUCAACAACAGAGGUCAGAUCAAACUGGCAGACUUUGGUUUGGCCCGUCUUUACAAUUCAGAGGAAAGUCGGCCGUACACUAAUAAAGUAAUCACACUAUGGUACCGCCCCCCUGAACUGCUGCUGGGAGAGGAGAGAUACUCUCCAGCCAUUGAUGUAUGGAGCUGUGGUUGUAUCCUAGGAGAGCUUUUUACCAAGAGGCCCAUCUUCCAGGCCAACCAGGAGCUUCUGCAGCUGGAACUCAUCAGUCGUCUGUGUGGGAGUCCUUGCCCUGCAGUCUGGCCUGACGUCAUUAAACUUCCCCUCUUCAACACCAUGAAACCCAAGAAGCAGUACAGAAGGCGACUGAGGGAGGAGUUUGCAGUUUUACCGACUCCUGCCUUGGAAUUGCUCGACCAAAUGUUGACCCUGGACCCUGCACGGCGCUGCACAGCAGAGCAGGCCCUCAGCUGUGACUUCCUGUGUGAUAUUGAGCCCAGCAGGAUGCCGCCCCCUGAUCUUCCUCACCACCAAGACUGCCAUGAGCUGUGGAGUAAGAAGAGGCGGCGAGCUCGUCAGAGCGCCUUGCCUGGUGAUGUGCCUGUGCCCAAAGUGCCCCGUAAGGAUGUGACAGGAACCUCCAGUGGAGAGAACAGCCGGGCCCAAGCCAGUCCGGCCGGAGCCCCUCCCCCUCCACAAGGAAAGCCACCAACAACAGCAAACCUAGAGCGUGAGCUGUCAGGUCUUGGUGCUGCUGCAGAACAGUUGAACCAGACAGAGCUGGCGGUGCUGCUGAACCUCCUCCAGGGACAGACAGACCUUAGCCUGCCUCAAGUGGCCCAGCUCCUCAACCUCUCCAACCCAGAGACCCUCAGCCAGUCUCUGUCGGCCCUGAGUGAGGCUUCCGACCACCAGGGGGCUCCAGAGGACCAGGCUGCUGCUAGAUCCCAGCCCCCAGAACCACCCCCCGAACCACAAGAACUCUCACCGACAUCCGCAGACCCACCACUGAGCCAGGAAGACCAGGCCAACCUGUUGGCUCUAAUUUUAGGUCACAUCAUUAAGCCUCAAAGCGAGGAGCAAAGCGAUGAGAGCAAUGGCGUCCAAUCAGAGGAGGCACUUACACACGAUUCAUCCGCCUCCACUACUGAUCGCAAGGAUGUUGCAACAUCAAAAAGGAAAGAGUUAGGCGCAAACCUGGUGCCCCUAUCUGGGGAGAAGCGUCCCCCCUCACCACCCGGGCCGCCUCCAUCAGCUGCCCUCCUUGGAAACGCGGAGCAGGCUGUGUCUGAAUCUCAGCCCAGCCAGGACAUCAGCCCUGCUGUGGCAGCUGCCUUGCUGCAGCUCAUCUCUCAGCAUGACUCAGAAGCAGAGGUCUCUCAGCGCAGCAAGGACCCCUCUCCUGGCGUGGACGCUCCUGCCCGGGGACAGCCCCCUCCACCCUGGGUUGCCGACUCGCCACCCAAAUCUUCUGCUGCAGCUGAGGCCCCAUCAGGGCCCGAGACUGCUGCCCCUGUCGCUUUAGCGCAGUUCCCCAAGGACCAGGACCUUCGCUUUUCUCAUGGUGCUGCACAUUGACCCUCUAUCCCUUCCAUGUGACAGAGCUGGUUUGGUUUAGGUGGCUACAGCAAACCUGGCCUGAGUGGAGAUGCAGAAGAAGAACGCAGAGGGACACCCACAGGGUUAUGACUCACUGGACCAUGAGCAGGUAGCUAAAGUUGAUCAUAGAUCUUGAAAAUGAAUGUGUGUAAGAAAGAGAUUAAAGGCCUUUCCAGGUCAUGAACAUCACUGCCCACUGUACAAGCUUGUGUCCUAUUGGACGGGUUAUUUGGACUUUCGGUUGAUCUGUUCUUCAAGAGUCCUAUUAAGUACAGUCACCGCCUCAGUCCUUGCUCUUUAACGUUCGCUUAAGUUCCUGACUUCAAUGAAGUUGAGCUUUCAAACUGAGUGCUAUGCUGCUGACACUCAUCCAAGAAAUCAGCCUUGACUAUCUCCCCCCCCCCCCCCCCCAAUACAUUGAUUGUGAGGUCCACUGUAGUUCCCUAUUCUAAUAAGGUUUUCAGUGUUUAGGGGAGUACAGUCACUGUCCUCCAUGCUCUCAUGGAGCGUUGUCUGUGACAGUCUUAAAAUAUUUUUGUUAAAGCUAACAUGCUCUGUGUGGGUACAUUUGAGGCAUUGGUGAUACUGAAGAACUUCCCUGCUGGCUAGAGCCCCUAUUUUCAGCCUUGUGCCUCCUUCAUGACCCCAACAACCCCCUGAAUGAACUCGGCCUGGUUGGGAAAUGUGGCUUAAGCGUCUGCUUUGAACGACACACGUCAGUGUAUGUCUACAGGACUAUUUUUUUUUUGUUUCAUCAAAAGGCUCGCUGUCAUUAACUCAACUGAACUGCAACGUGUUCAAAAUCCUUACUCCCCUAUGCAGCACACCUCCUCAUCGCAACAAGCUUCAGCUUAUAGUGCUCCCCCUUUUUCCUGUCUCCAAUAUGGAUUCAACCCCUGUGUUGUUAUGGACUCCGCUAUAAUACACACACACUACUCUGCUAUUGAAGAAAACCCGCUAGUAACAUGCACUAUGAACACAAACAAACCAUUUUCAGCUUUUUCCUCGUUAGCUCUGAAAGCCUUGUCUAAUAUGUCGUCGCCUCCCUGUCAACUUCUGCAGCAAAAAGCUUUUUUUUUUUUUGGUGCAGUUUUUUUUCUGAUUAAAGAAAAUGAUUCAAGGGUUAAAAACGAUGGUCCAUUUCUUAGUUUCCUUUUUUUUUUGCUUUGGAAAAGGAAAUGAGAAGAAAAUAGCUUCACUUGUCUGUAAAAAGAAAAAAAAAAGUAUUUUGUAAUAUGUGUUUUCUUGGUUCGGUUUAUUAAAAGAAGUUAUGCGACCA